AUGGAUAGUGCAAGUGAGAGUAAUAUUAAGACGGAGGAUGGAAAUGCACAAAAAAAAGAAGUGCCUAAUUUGCAAAAGAUUUGCCUCGUUUGUGGUGAUAAGGCUCUAGGAUACAACUUUAACGCUAUAUCUUGCGAGAGUUGCAAAGCAUUUUUUCGCAGGAACGCAUUAACAAAUAAAGAAUUUAAGUGUCCCUUUUCAAACAAUUGUGAUAUUACCGUGGUUACACGGAGGUUUUGCCAAAAGUGUCGUUUAGAAAAGUGUUUAUCAGUAGGUAUGGUGAAAGAGUUCAUAAUGUCCGAAGAGGAUAAAGCAGAAAAAAGGCGUAAAAUAGAAGAAAACAGGGCUAAAAAACGUCAUUUACAUGAUCCCGACGAAUCAGUUACUAGUUCAAAAAGUUUUAGGCGGGAUGAAGACAGCUCAUAUGCGCCACCUAGCCAAGAACCUGCUGUAUUGCAGUACGAUGUGCUAAAUAGUACUACAUGUAGUCCGCACAGUACUGUACAGUCUCCAUUAAGUACCGAUAUAGACAAUUCAAUUAACUCACCACCAAUGUACAAUCAAUAUGUACCAGUUCAAAAUGCUGAACAACCAUAUACUAUGAAAGUUCAUCCAAUAGAUGAAAAGACAGUUAUAAAUAGAGCUAUAUAUGAGCACAGGAUGAUGGAGCCCUAUAAUUUAUGUGAUAGUAUGGACAGCACAUGUGAACCAUCCAAACAAAAUAGUAUAAGAUCAAUAUUAACUAAUGAAGACGCAAAUCACAUGUACAGAGAAGAAAAAGACCCCAACGCUUGCGACGACACGCCGUCCACCAGUUACACUCAAGAUGUAAAUAAAGCUAGAGAUAUAUUACAAGAUGUUGAAAGGAUAGAACCCAAUUCAAUGGAAUCAAUACUGUGCGAGGCAAUAAAGUUAGAAUUCGAGGCGUACACAUCCGUGAGCAGUCGAAGCAACUCGUCCAGAGAACUUAAUGAGGUAGAACGAGCCAAGUUAAAUGAACUCAUAGUGGCUAAUAAGGCCCUUCACGCGCCCAUAGAUGACGAUAUCACACAGCUGAUUGGAGAUACGACCACUGCUGGGUUGAAGGACGGUGACGGGAAACACGAUCCCAGGUUAAUAACGCUCGUUAACCUCACGGCGGUCGCGAUACGACGGCUGAUUAAAAUUGCAAAAAAAAUCAAUGCCUUCAAGAACAUGUGUGAAGAGGAUCAGGUGGCGCUAUUGAAAGGUGGUUGUAUAGAGAUGAUGGUCCUUCGGAGCACGAUGACGUACGACGGUCAGAGGAACCAGUGGACGCUGCCGCACAACCAGGAGCAGUACAGUAGCAUCCAGACGGACGUGCUGAAGCUGGCGAAGGGCAACAUCUACCGCUCGCACGAGGCCUUCAUCCGCUCCUUCUGCCCGCGCUGGCGCACCGACGAGCACGUCAUCCUCAUCAUGUCCGCCAUCCUGCUGUUCACGCCCGAGCGCGCGCGCGUCGUGCACCGCGACGUCAUCAAGCUGGAGCAGAAUUCCUACUACUACCUGCUCCGGAGAUACUUAGAAAGCACGUACCCCGGCUGCGAGGCGAAAUCCACCUUCCUGAAACUCAUACAGAAGAUCCUAGAACUCAGGAAGUUUGCAGAAGAAGUUACAGAGGCUCGCUCGCUGAAGAAUGAAGUGCUCCGCCGCGCCGCGGCCGACGCGUCCAGCCCCGUCUCCCCUCCGGUCCCCGCUCUCGUUUCGCUAGUGAUGUGCGUUAACUUUAGUGAUGGGCGUUACCAAUCUGCCCCCCUUGAAAGGUGGUUCUUUCAAGACUUUCAAGACCGUCGUCCACUGGCAGAGGGCACACUCUGUUUAAGCCUCGGCGCUCGAUGCCGCGGCGGCACUUCGUUCGUUCUUGUAAACCGGAUAUGUACUCAUGGCUCCAUCGGUCCUAAAAAUGGCGUCGGAGUUGGUCGAUUAGCUGGUACCGUGUUCGCUUGCUCGCUGAAGAAUGAAGUGCUCCGCCGCGCCGCGGCCGACGCGUCCGGCCCCGUCUCCCCUCCGGUCCCCGCUCUCGUUUCGCUAGUGAUGUGCGUUAACUUUAGUGAUGGGCGUUACCAC